CCCGCCGUGUCUGGCAGAAUCCGAACCAAGCCAAAAGUGCUCUCUCAUCGAGAAUCACCCAGCUUUAUAGGCCCCCCUUCCACCACCCUAUAUUGGCUCUCUCGUGCUUCUUCCUCCCCACCACUUUACCCACUCACAUUUGCUUUUCUUCACAGCAUGCGGCCGCAGUUGCAUCGUGCGGCCGCCCGGCUCGUCCGGGUCUCCAAGGUCAACUAUCCUAGGACUUUCGCGACGACUAUCCCUCGCUCAGCUGAGGUUGAACUCACAAUUGAUGGGAAAAAGGUCUCUGUAGAAGCUGGCUCGGCUCUUAUCCAGGCCUGUGAAAAGGCCGGCGUGACAAUUCCAAGAUACUGUUAUCAUGAAAAGCUCUUGAUUGCAGGCAACUGCCGCAUGUGUCUUGUGGAGGUCGAACGUGCCCCUAAACCAGUGGCAUCAUGUGCCUGGCCUGUACAACCCGGCAUGAACGUCAAAACAAAUUCACCACUCGUACACAAAGCUAGGGAGGGGGUCAUGGAGUUUCUGCUUGCCAAUCACCCCCUUGAUUGUCCGGUUUGUGAUCAAGGAGGCGAGUGCGAUCUUCAGGACCAAUCAAUGCGGUACGGUGCCGACCGCGGGCGUUUCCAUGAGGUUGGUGGGAAGCGUGCCGUUGAGGACAAGAAUAUCGGACCACUGGUCAAAACAUCUAUGAAUCGAUGCAUCCACUGUACUCGGUGCGUCCGAUUCAUGAACGAUGUUGCGGGUGCUCCUGAACUGGGAACCACUGGCAGAGGAAACGACAUGCAAAUCGGUACUUACUUGGAGAAAAACCUCGACUCCGAACUUUCCGGUAAUAUAAUUGAUCUUUGUCCUGUCGGCGCCCUUACUUCAAAGCCUUAUGCUUUCCGCGCCCGCCCUUGGGAGUUGAAGCAUACCGAAUCCAUUGAUGUGCACGACGCCUUGGGCUCGAACAUCAGGAUAGACACCAGAGGAAUGGAAGUUAUGCGUGUGGUUCCGAGGCUUAAUGAUGACAUCAACGAGGAAUGGAUUAACGAUAAAUCUCGGUUUUCAUGUGAUGGUCUGAAGACCCAGCGACUCACAACACCAUUGAUACGUCGGGAAGGGAAAUUCGUUCCUGCUACAUGGGAACAAGCUUUGACUGAAAUAUCUUCGGCUCACCAGAAAUUGCAACCGAAGGAGAACGAAUUCAAGGCCAUUGCGGGACAUCUUGUGGAUGCUGAGUCACUUGUGGCUAUGAAGGACCUAGCUAAUAAGCUUGGAUCUGACAAUCUAGCUCUCGAUCAGCCAGGCGGCAGCUCGCCCAUUGCCCAUGGCGUUGAUGUUCGUUCUAAUUACCUUUUCAACUCUAAGGUAUACGGAAUCGAAGAGGCAGACGUGAUUCUUCUUGUUGCUACCAAUCCUCGCCAUGAAGCCUCGGUCCUCAACGCGCGGAUCCGCAAGCAAUAUCUGCGCUCUGAUCUCGAGAUCGGGCUUGUUGGCGCAGAAUUUGACGGCACUUUUGAUUUUGAACAUCUUGGAUCUGACAUUUCCGCUCUAAAGGCUACUCUUUCAGGUCAAUUCGGCGAGAAGCUUGCUAAAGCUAAGCGACCAAUGAUAAUUGUUGGCAGUGCCGCAGCUGAGCAUCAAGAUGCGAAAGUCGUCUUCGAAACUAUCGGUAACUUCGUCGAAAAACAUGCAACCAAUUUCAACACCCCUGAGUGGCAAGGGUAUAACGUUCUUCAGCGCGCGGCAUCCCGUGCGGCAGCCUACGAGAUUGGCUUCACAACGCCUUCCCCCGAAGUUUCUCAGGCCAAACCUAAGAUGAUCUGGCUGCUCGGUGCUGAUGAGAUCACUGCGGAUGAAAUUCCAAGUGAUGCAUUUGUUAUCUAUCAAGGUCAUCAUGGUGAUAGAGGAGCUCAGCUUGCUGAUGUUGUUCUGCCGGGCGCAGCCUACACCGAGAAAUCUGCCACAUACAUCAACACAGAAGGCCGUGUUCAAGUUACUCGAGCAGCCACUUCGUUGCCCGGUGCAGCACGUGAUGAUUGGAAAAUCAUACGCGCUACCAGUGAAUUUCUCAACACGCCUCUUGCCUACGAUGACAUUGAGGCACUCCGCGACCGUAUGGAAGAGAUUAGUCCCGUGAUGCGCCGAUACGACGUUGUUGAACCCACAUCUUUAAGCUCCCUGAGUAAAGUCCAGUUGGUCGAUCAAAACAAAGGCACUCAGCCAACUGGAACAUCCUUCAAGACGGCCAUUGAAGACUUCUAUUUCACCGACUCAAUUGCCCGAAGCUCGCCUACCAUGGCCCGCUGCUCAGCGGCAAAGGCUACAGGAAACCCCGAAACUAACUUCAUGGCUGCUGGAGAGAUGUCACCCCAGGCUUUAUAUGGCUAAGCUUUAACAUUUAUAGUUGUGCUCUCCGGUUUGUUUUUAUUUGGUGUAGGCGUUGUUGUUGUAACACCUAAACAUCAUCUUUUUGUUCUUUCCCCUCAGUAAUUCUUGUUAUUGAUCUUACCACAUCUUUCUUGAUUAUAUCUCGGGGUAGCUUUUUGAGACAACUCGGGACGUGUCAGCAGAGGUGGUUUUGUACAUAAGAUCAAAAAUCAGCUUCCGGGGCCUGACGAAGUUUUCAACCCCGAUAUGUAUUUUGUUCAGAAUGGAAUCAGUUAGUCCCAUUUCU